ACGUCCUAAGAAUCCCAAAUAGCACUGACCUGAAAGUCAUGCUGCUCUGUUCUGUCAUAUGAAUGUGAUUCUUUUUGGUCGUAUGUUCUCUUCAUUGUAACUAUUAUACGUUUUUACGUAUUCAUACAUGAACUGCACAUCGUGUGGAGGCGUCUUUUCAGUUCAAUACAAACGUAGAGGCUGGCAAGACAGUUCAACUCAACGCUAACGCAUUUCAAAGCUAGGAAGCUAGCUAGCUAACUAGCCGAUUUGACAGAUAACGUUACAGCAUGGAGCCCGAAGCACAAAUGCGAAACCUACGGGACUUUCUGAUGGUCUACAACCGUAUGACAGAGAUCUGCUUCCGGAGAUGCACCAGUAACUUCAACUACAGAAGUCUCACCAUGGACGAGGAGCGCUGUGCAGACAGCUGUGCCGGGAAGCUGAUCCGCUCCAACCACCGUCUGAUGGGGACCUACGUCAACCUGAUGCCCGGGAUGGUUCAGCGCCGCAUGGCUGAGAUGGAGAAGAAGAAUGCUGAGCUGGUCACGGCGGAGGCCGAGGCUGCAGGGGCACUGGAGGGGACACCUGGACUGGCUGAUCAAGGCCUACCUAUAGCCUCAACCCCGGGUGAAGCCUCCCCUCCAGCCCUGAGGACAGGUGAGGCUACGACAGCCUCAGAGGUAGCAGUGAUGGCUGCCUCAGUCUUAAAGCCUGCUGUUUUAGAUUUCUCUGCAGACCUGGGUCCAGCUGCCUCCAUAUCUAUAGCUGCUGCACCUGCCACCCCCUCCUCUCCUCUUGACCCCCCCUCCACCUCCUCCACAGAGGUUAAACUAGCAGCUGCCUCCCCCGCCACCCCAGCCUCAGAACCACUGGUACCCUCCUCCCUGUCCCAGGCCGUGAACGGAGCAGGGAUCACCAGGCUGACUUCAGGCCCAAUUUUAGAGUUGUCCCCCGUUAGACAUGAUGAAUCCACGGUCACUGCUGCUGCUAGUGCAGCGCAUAGUGGUCCCCACCAAAGUAGAUAACCAGACACCAGUAAUAUUAGUUCCGCCCACAUUUACACAUGUGGUGCCUGUAGAGGCGACACCAGCGCCUACAAUAGUGGCUCCUAACCCCAGCCCUAACCCCAUCCCCAGCCCUAACCCCAUCCCCAGCCCUAACCCCAGCCCCAGCCCUAACCC